AUGGGUCUCACAUUCUCGAAGCUUUUCGAUAAGCUAUGGGGAAAGAAGGAGAUGCGCAUUCUGAUGGUUGGUCUCGACGCUGCCGGAAAGACCACAAUCCUCUACAAGCUCAAGCUCGGUGAAAUCGUCACCACGAUUCCCACCAUCGGUUUCAACGUCGAGACAGUCGAGUACAAGAACAUUUCCUUCACCGUGUGGGAUGUCGGUGGUCAGGACAAGAUUCGCCCUCUCUGGAGGCAUUACUUCCAGAACACCCAGGGUAUCAUCUUCGUCGUCGACAGCAACGAUCGCGAUCGUGUUGUUGAGGCCCGUGAGGAACUCCAGAGGAUGUUGAACGAGGACGAGCUGAGGGACGCUCUUCUCCUUGUCUUUGCCAACAAGCAGGAUUUGCCCAACGCCAUGAACGCUGCCGAGAUCACUGACAAGCUUGGUCUCCACAGCCUCCGACAACGCGCCUGGUACAUCCAGUCCACUUGCGCCACAUCCGGUGACGGUUUGUACGAGGGUCUCGAGUGGCUGUCCAACUCUCUCCGCAAGGCCGGACACAACUAA